AGGCGCCGCCGUUGUCGCGGGUGGGGGGGGCCCUCCCGCGAUGGCGGGGCUGCUCGGGGCAUACGAGGACUCGGACGAGGACGACGACGCCCCGAGCAUCCUGGCGCGGCAGGCCUCCGCGUCCCAGGCCGAGGCCGCCGCCGGCAAGGCGCCGCCCGCCGGGGCUCCGCCCGCCGGGGCGCCGCCCGCCGAGGCCCCGCCCGCGCCGCGGGCGGCGCCUGGUGCCGAGGCCGAGGCCGCCGAGGGCGCGGGCGAGGAGUCCGAAAGCGAGGCUGGCGGGUCGCCGGAGAGGGGCGCCGGCGAAGAGGAGGCCAGCAUCUUGCUGGCCGUGCCGCCGUCGCCUCCCGGGGAGCCGCAGGCAGAGCUCGUGGAGCGGGUCAGGUCGCUGUACGAAUUGAAGCAAAAGGGAAAGAGCAUCCGUGACCACAUCCAGGGGUCUAGGGACUGGUCCAACCCGUACAUUCUGGAGCAGGUUAUCAAGGUGCUCGAGAUUGACGAGUAUGGCUCCAACUACCCCAAGGACGACGUGUUCGACCCCGCGAAGGUCGCGGAGCACCCUUCGGACCGACUACUACAACGCAAAGGAGUGCGAGCGCCCGCCUUUGCCCAAGAGGCCCAGGAGAGGCAGCCCUCGAGAGCGGAGAUGCCGGCGCCGGCGCCGGGCAGCGGCGCCGGGCAGCCUGCCGCGCUGCAUGCGGGCGCGCUCGUCGCCUGAGCGGGCCUUCUGCAUGUCGGCGACGUCGUGGGCGCUGUGGUGGUCUUCGUUCGAGAUGUGAUGUCGGGCCGUGACUUGUCCUGUGGCUCGCCCUUUGAUCGCCCGCCCCCCGUCCCUUCUCCGCACCUAGCUUGCCGCCCUUCUCUCUUCCCCCCUUCUCCAACCCCUCAGGGCGCGGGGUCCUAAGCGCGCUGGCCGGCUGGCGCUGUCAGCGGCCGAUGCGGAGGCAUCGGGUGCGGUCCCCAGCAAAAGGGUGUAUGCCACCACCUCGGCCACCCUCGCCGUCGCUCAGACCUCCCUGGUUUCUCGGGCUCCCCACCCUCAGGUGCCCUGCGCCGUAAGCGGAAGGCCAGCCCACCGACUGCUUGAGAUAUUGCUGGAAAGCGGGCCGGACGUAUGAGGCGAAUCUCAUCUUGAUCAUACAGCGAGCGUCGGGGCUGGACAGAACCCUCGC